AUGCGCGUUUUUGCACCCCGCAUAUUUUUGAACCGCCGAUUCUUGUCGUCACCUGUGCCACCGCGUAAGGAGGGCGAGGACGCACCGUCCAAGGCACCCACACCAGAGCCGCUUCCGCUGAAGAAGGGUCUGCAGCUCGACAUUGAUGCCUCCUCGCUCGUCGAUGCACAAGCCCUUGAGGCACCUUCGGAAGAGGGUGAGGAAGGUAAACGUACGAAUGCCAAGGCGCGCUCCGACCGCGCACAGAGCUCCUCUGCCGCUCGUCAGCGCUCGUUUCUUGUGCGUGGAACGCUGAUUGGCGGAGUGCUCUUGUGUGGAUACACGGUGUGGAUGCUCGGCCGUGACCUGGAUGAGCAUGAGCAUGAAGUGUUCCACGACAAGGAGGGUGUGAACUCGUUCCUUGGCCGCCUGUGGUUGCGCUUCCAGUCGAUGCGCGAGGGGCUCAACAAGCCGGUGUGGGACAGUCUGCUUCCUGACCCGCUGCCGUACCCUUACUCCCGGCCGUAUACGCUCGUGGUCGAUUUGGACCAGCUUCUUGUUGCCUCGUCUUGGAGCACCUCGCACGGCUGGCGUACCGCGAAGCGCCCUGGCCUCGACUAUUUCCUGGGAUACCUUUCCCAGUGGUAUGAGAUUCCGUUCUAUGUCGUUGAAAAAACUAUUGAAAAGCUUGAUCCCGACCGCCGCUACUUUGCCUACCAGCUGUUCCGUGAGAGCUGCCGUGUGCAUGACGGCAAGCUCGUCAAGGACAUUCGCCACCUGAACCGUGACCCGCGGAAGGUCGUGCUGCUGGAUAUCAACCCCGAGCAUGUGUCGAUGCAGCCUGAAAACUCGAUUGUGCUCCCACCGUGGAAGGGCGACAAGCACGACCGCGACUUGCUGGGACUCGUGCCAUUCCUGGAUGCCAUCGGUAUUUAUGGCGUAGACGAUGUGCGCAACACGCUCCAGGCGUACCAGGGCCUGCACAUUCCCUCCGCGUACGCUGAGAGCGAGGCGCGGCUCAAGGCGCGCCACGAAGAAGAGUGGCGCGCGAAGAAGGAGCGUCUCGGCGGGCUCUCCAGCGUGUUUGGCGGCGUCACGUCUGGCCAGUCUAUGAAGGGUGGCCCUCCGCCCAUGUUUGUCGAGCAGGAGCGCAUCCGCUUCCAGCAGGGCUACCUCGAGGACCAAAAGUUCUGGCGCGAGAAUGGCGAGGCUCUCCGCCAGCAGAUGAAGGAGGAGCAGGAGAAGCAGCUCCGCGAGAUGAAGAUGAAUGCCUGGGAGGGGGUCACGCGUAUGUUUACCGGUGCGCCGCCACCACCGCCUGCGCAUGAACCGCCGCCCGGCGAGGCGCCUGCCACCCCGUCGACUGCAUAG